CGUUAUCUUAAUAAUUGAAAUCAGUUACAUAUUUUCUAUUUUAAUUCCUUAUCCAUAAUAUCUUUCCUAUUUUAAAUUCAUUAUCUAUACCGGCGACGUUGACCUUUAGCGACGACAGGAGGCCAAUAGCGGCCGAUCAAUUCCGGCAACCCUUUACCGGCGACAUGUCGCCGCUAAAGGUCAAUACUGGCGACACUUUCGACCAAUACCGGCGACAACUGUCGCCGCUAAAGGGGGUCCAUUCUUGUAGUGUCGGUUGAUCUACAAUAGUUGUAUAUGUGUGUAUAUUACACAACUGCAUAUUUUUACUAGGACGCAACAUAUUUUUUCAGCAUAUAUAUAAUAUUUUUUUGAACGACCAACGAAUCCUCCAAAUAGGUUAUUGGCGAAAUUCACCAUAUCGGGGUACACUCGCCUCCGAACCGAGGAAAACCCUCACCUAGGGUUGAAGCCCGUGAACACUCGUCCGAAGGCACGACAGUACCGUGAGGUAAAACCCGCUCAGUUUAAGGAUCAAACUAGCGAUCUUCAUCUAUUCGUCUAGUCUCCCAUCAUCAGCAGGUGCCACAGAAAAUAAUAGGGAGGGCUCAAAUCAAACCUAUAGUUCCUGAGUACACCAAAUCUCUCCCUUACCACUCCACCACCACCUCAUUAGCAACAUUAAGAGUUCUAGUUCCUAAAAAAAAACAUAAUCGUUAGAUGAAGCACUUAAUGAUUACAUUUUUAGUUCAAACAUGGUAAUCAUGUCCUACUUUGUCUUUUUAGCAUUAACAAUUUUAAUAGUCAUAUAGAAAACAGUUAACUUGUUUGUAAUUUGUUAUUUCGAGAUUUUAAUGAAUAUUACCCUAUAAAAAUAUAUACUAACAAUAUUGUAAAACGAGGUUUUACCAAUAUAAACCACCCACCAACAGUUGUUGGGUUAUCACUGAAAUUAAGCGAAAGAUAUGUGCUAUUCUUUGACGAUGAACAAGAAAUAAAACCUCCUAGUAACGUAACGUGAAAGAAAGUCGAACAACCUGUCAUUCUUUUCAUACCUACAUCUAAAAUAUUCAUUGAAAAAAAAACUACAUCCAUCCAUUCUCUGGGUGGUGUGUAGAUGUGGAUUUUAAUUUCUCCAUUAAUCACAUGACAAAGACAUAUAUAAAGAAUUACUCUUCCAAAAAUCGUAGCCACACAUACUAUAAAUACGCAAGAAUUGAUCAAGAGAAUAAGAAAUAAUAAUAUUACUAUAUAUUUUGAAAUCAGGGUAAUAACAAAUAAUAGUUAAUUAUAUAUCAAUAUGAUUUUUUAAAUUUAAAAUAGUGACACGUAAAAUACGUUGUUAGUUAUACAUUAAUGCUAAAAACGGUUUAUUGUAACUAUGCUUGUAAACAAACUGAAUGAGCACGAACGGGGCGUGUCCAUGUUCGUUCUUUUAACUUUAACCAAAAAACAACCAAACACGAACAAGUAAACGAAUGGAGUUUUCUUGUUCACUCGGUAAAAAAAUUGGGUACACAUUUGUUUAUUAAUAGCAUAAACGAAGGGUUCACAAAUGUAAACAAAUAAACAUAGAUGAACAAACAAAAUCGAGCGAACACCAACAAAGGUAAAUGUGAACAUCAUUGUGUUGGUCCAAAAAGAUCAAUAAAUCUAGACUUAAUUGUAAUGCAUGGAAUUUUAAUUUCUUAAAACUAACUAUAGUAUGUUCUAAAGAAUAUUAAUUAAUGGAGUAUAUAAACAAAUGAACAAACUUAAAACAAAACAAAAGUAAAGUAACAAAUUACAAUGUAUAACGAAUGAAUAAAAUGUAUGUUCAUACUCAUUCGUUUAACUAGAUGAACAAAAACAUUUGUUAGGGUGGUAUGGGCGGGUUCGACAAAGUGAUUAGGGAAGGGGGUUUGCCACGCGGCAUAACGCCGCCGACACCCUUUCGGUAAGCGGUGACUACUCAUCGAUGAGAGAGGGGAGAGAGAAGAGGAGAGACAUGACAUGACAUGAGAUAAUUGGCUAAGUAAAGAGCUUACCGCUCCCAUGUGUUUGAGCACCCUUUCACCCUUAUGUUCGUUCAUUUAUUAGAUAAACGAACAUAAACAAAAACUUGUCGAUAAACAAUUCAUAAACAGUUUAGUUAGCAUUUGAUUUGAUUCGUUUACACACCCGUUUCUAAUCAAGUAUUUGUCUAUAUGUUUUGAUAAAGAUAAAAGAUGGUAAUACAUACAAUCCUUGCCGUCAUCGUAUGUUUGCCACUGCUAAAAUUUGUUAUCAUUUUGUCAGUCUCAUGUGACACCUGUUCCAUUCCGUCGCCCACCUUUUUAUGUUUGGUUCGGACAUUCGGCGUACUUUUCUAGUUUUAAAGUACCAUAAUUUUACUAUUUUAAGAAGAGAAAAAGUACCAAACUAUUUUAAAAUAAAUAUAUACAGUACAACCUUAGACGAGUGAAUACAAUGGAUAGUGAGUACGAGGAACCACUAUCACCGGGCGGCCGGUUGUUCGUGCAACCGGCAACUCAUCAGAUUAUAAACAUAGUGUUCGGCCUUGAACGACCGAUUACACUUGACGCCCUCCAAACCGUCAUCUCCGGUUCUCUCUUGAUCAAGCACCCAAGAUUUUCCAGCCUUUUAGUCACGGACAACCACGGACGUGAACACUGGCGUAAAACCGAAAUCGACAUCAACCGCCACAUCAUCAUCCGUUCCAACCCGGUAGGUGAAGGAGAUAACAAUGAGGAAGUGGUCAACGAAUACCUAGCCGACCUCACGGUAUUGUCUCCGUUGACCACGGAUAAACCGUUGUGGGAGGUCCACCUUUUAUCCGCGCACAAGUGUUUGGUGUUGCGCAUUCAACACGCGCUCGGUGACGGAAUCUCUCUCGUAUCGUUGAUGCUGACUCUAUGUAGAAAACUGGAUGAUCCUGAGCAAACGCCUACGAUCGGUCCCCUAACUUCAUCUACGCAAAAACAUAAGAAUUCGGGGACUCUGGAGAGUAUUUUGAAGCUAGUGAAAAUGGUUUGGUUUACUUUGGUUUAUGUGUUUGAGUUUAUGAUGAGGGGAGCAUGGGUUAAAGACGGAAAGACGGAGGUUCGAGGAGGAGAAGGGGUGGAGCUAUGGCCGAGAAAACUUGUUACCGCCAAAUUUAGCUUUGAAGAUAUGAAAGCGGUGAAGAGUGCCGUCGCUAACGCAACGAUAAAUGACGUUCUUUUUGGCGUAAUAUCAUCAGGGCUAUCAAAAUAUUUGGACAGCCGAUCACCUGACUCUCUUCCAGAGGGGCUUCAAAUGACAGGCGUCGCACUUGUUAAUCUAAGACCAUCGCCAGGACUCCAGGAUAUAAAAGAAUUGAUGAAGAAAAAUGCAGGGACAGCAGGGUGGGGAAAUAAAGUUGGUAUUGUGCUCCUACCUGUUUACUAUCAUAGAAAUCGGUCUGAUCCACUUCAGUAUUUGAAGAGAGCCAAAAUGAUGAUGGAUAGGAAGAAGUUGUCUAUGGAGGCUUUUCUAUCACACCAGAUUGGAUACUUUGUUAUGAAGUACUUUGGAGCUAAGGUUGCAAGCUUGCUUGAGUACAAAGUAAUUUGUAACACAUCUUUCACCAUUUCAAAUGUUGUUGGCCCGAGAGAAGAGAUUACGGUUACGGGCAUCCCGAUCACAUACAUGAGAGCUACAUCAUCAAGUUUACCCCACGCAAUUACAAUGCAUAUGGUGAGUUAUGCAGGAAAAGCCGAUAUGCAGAUUCUAGUCGCCAAAGACAUCAUUCCAGACCCCGAAAAGUUAGCAAAAUGUUUUGAGGAUGCGCUACUUGAAAUGAAACAACACGCGGUACAAACAUGAAAAAAUCCGCUUCAAGUACUUUGAAAUGUAUACAAAAGUGAUCCAAUCUAAAAGACUUCGUUUUUUAUUGUCUUUAUACCACAUGACGUUAGGAUUGUGAUUCUAUGAUACUUGUUUCCUUAGGGUAUUUGUGUUGUGGUGAAUGUGAGAAGUGAAAAAAAAAAGUGCCACGUAGACGUAGACGGUGGAGAGUUUCACAUAUCACACCCAAGAACAUUUGUUGUGAAGAGGUGAAAUGUGAAAUGUGGUUGUGGCUUAA